AUUGCUUAUCUAUCUGCCGUGCAAAAGUUUCAGACUUUACAGAGUUCCAAUCCCAAAAGGCCAAAGCUUUGAGAGAUAGGGUGACAGAAUGAGAAGCCUAACGCUCUCAGAGAGCGUUCUGGGUGGUGCACAUUCACCGUUUUCCAAACCACCCAAUAAGCCAUUAUGUUCUUCUUGCUAUUUGCAGUCUUUCAAAUUGCGCUCCAAGAAUCCCUCUCUUCAAAACCCAAGUGUUGUUUCAUCCAGGUAUUCAAGUAUGUGGCUUGCAAACAAAUGUGACGAAUGGUUCAGUGGCCUUUUACAAACUUCUGAUAAUUUAGAUGGCCUUGAGUUCCGCGACCUUAAUUACAAGAGGUGCAGGGUGAUCAGAGAACCAAUUGAUACCAUGGAUGGUUCUGUUGCUUUAGAUAAGGCGCCUGUGUCCACUCAUUUUUGGAAAGCUAUGCUGCUGUUUGGAUUUCUUACACUUCAAGGCUCUGAGCCGGCACUUGCUCUUCCUGAUCUUGCUAGUGCAUUGCAGUCAGUUCCGUUUCUGGGGGACCUUGGCGAUAUUAGCACAGGUUUUGCUUCAGCCUUCUUGCUGAUUUUUUUCUCAGAACUAGGGGACAAAACCUUCUUUAUUGCGGCACUUUUAGCAGCUAGGAAUUCUGCUGCUGUUGUUUUUGCUGGAACCUUCAGUGCACUUGCGGCAAUGACCGUCAUAUCUGUUGGUCUUGGGCGAACUUUUCACUACAUCGAUGAAAUCCUACCAUUCAGGUUUGGCGAGACUGAUUUACCCAUUGAUGAUAUUGCUGCAGUUUUACUUUUGGUUUAUUUUGGGGUUUCAACCUUGCGAGAUGCCACCUCAAGUGAUGGUUUGAAAGCAGAAGAUGAACAGAGGGAGGCAGAGCUAGCCGUUUCAGAGUUUACAGGAAAUGGUGCUGGAAUACUAGCUGCUGCUAGCACAGUCAUUAGCACUUUCGCUUUAGUUUUUGUUGCUGAAUGGGGAGACAAAUCAUUUUUUUCUACAAUAGCACUUGCUGCUGCCUCUUCACCCCUUGGAGUCAUUGGAGGAGCACUAGCUGGUCACGGUGUUGCAACGUUGCUUGCUGUACUGGGAGGUUCUAUACUGGGCACAUUCUUAUCAGAGAAGACUAUUGCCUACGUCGGGGGUGUUCUUUUUCUUGUCUUUGCUGCUGUAACAGUGGCAGAGAUAGUAAGUUGAGUUAUAAACGUGAAGAGGUGCCCACAUUCUUUCUAAUCCAUCGGAAACAAGUGGUGCAUUGCUGUGAAUUUGUAAAUUUGACCAUAACUGCUCUGAUCGGAGUCAGAAUUUUGUUGAUUGUAAAUUUGUAAUGAUUGUCAUACUUGCUCUACUUGAUGAGAUGUUGCACAACGUUUGAUUCUUUUGGCAUGCUUUGUAAAUCAGCAAGGAAACAUUAUAUGCUUUUUUUCAA